AUGAAUUACAAAGAUGAGAGCCCAAAGCUAGAGCUGAAGCUCAACUUAUCUCCACCUAGGGACAACCGAGGCCCGGGACAAGAGCUUGUGUGGGCCCACGAACCGGGCUCGUCGACCGAGAUAUCGCCUAGAAGCUCGUGUGUGUCCCGAGAGUCGAGCCCGAACGACGAGCAGUAUUCGAGCAGCCCGGAAAGCAUGAGGAAUAUGAUUCUUGUGGGCUGUCCAAGAUGCCUAAUGUAUGUAAUGUUGAUGGAGGAAGAUCCAAAGUGUCCUAAAUGCAAAAGCACUGUUUUGCUUGAUUUUAUGCAAGAGGAUAGGAACAAUAUGGGACUCAAGAAGUGA